GCUUUCCGCCGCUCAAUGUCAGAAGAAGACGAAGAAGCGAAAGAAGAAGAAGACUAUCGCUAGCUAGCUGGAAUGAUAAGUUGCUAACCAACUCUUGGGACCUGAAUGAACAAAUGUGAGCAGUAGCUUUGAGUAGCUCCCGCUGCCAGCAGGACAUGCAGUGUUCUACAAGGUAAUGAGCCGAAAAGCCCCGGGGUCUCGGCUCAGCGGCGCCCACAAACUGCGGCCACACUGGAACGACUGGCAGUCUAGAGCUGACACACUAUCCUCCAGUCAGGACGAAGUGAAGUCCAGAGAACGUGGUUCAGGACUGUUGUACGACAACACAUUGCCCUCCAGGUGCCCUGAACAGCCAGAGGUGCACAGUGAUGCCUACGCUGUUGCAGAUGCACAUCAGGUGGAGGGUGAAUAUGAAGUUGAGCAAGGAGUCUGCAAAAUUACACUUGGUUGGAAGUCGCUGGGGGAAGAGUUGAGGCCCAAUGACGUGACAACAGAUUUGACUUCUCUUCAGCAUGGAAAUCGUGCUUUAGCUUCAAAGGAAAUGAGGAAAUUGCAGGACAGAGGGAUGGCUCACUCAGAGGAGUCUCGACUGGCCAAUCUCCUGCGUCGGGUCUCCAGGGAGGAUGACCGGGAUCGGCGGCUGGCCACCCUAAAACAGCUGAAGGAGUUCAUCAGCCACAGCGAGAGCAAAGUGACCCUGGUCAAACAGCUGGACACCAUCCUCAGCACCUUAAAUGACAUUUUGAAUGAGAGCAGUAAGCUGUUGUGGGAGUUGCGUCAGGAAGCAGCAUCCUGCUUAGGUCUCCUGUGCACAGUGCUGAGCUACGAGGCUGAACGCAUCUUCAAGUGGCUUUUUCUCAAGUUCAAUUCAAGCAGUCGUGACGAGGUAAAACUGCUGUACCUUGUUGGGUCACAGCACGCUUUGGAGGCUGCAGGAGAGAGAAAGGCCUUCUCUCAUAUCAUGCAGCUUGUGAUGAGCAACCUGCAGUCCAUUCUGGAGAACGUGGACACACCAGAGCUCCUCUGUCAUAGUGUGAAGUGUAUUCUCCAGGUGGCUCGCUGCUACCCUCAUGUUUUCAGCACCAAUUUCAGGGAUACAGUGGACAUCUUGGUGGGCUGGCAUAUCGACCACACACAGAAGCAGUCACUCACUCAGCAAGUUUCAGGUUGGUUACAGAGUCUGGAGCAGUUCUGGGUGGCAGAUCUGACUUUCUCCACUACCUUACUGGGACAGUUUCUGGAGGAUAUGGAGGCCUAUGCAGAGGACCUGAGUCAUGUGGUGUCAGGAGAAGUGCUAGAUGAGGACAUCCCCCCACCCUCAGUGUCACUGCCCAAGUUGGCAGCUCUGCUGAGGGUUUUCAGCACGGUUGUCCGCAGCAUUGGAGAGCGAUUCAGCCCUGUUAGAGGACCACCCAUCACUGAAGUCUAUGUGACUGAUGUUCUGAACAGAGUUCUAAGCUGUGUAACAACAGCAAAGCAAGUCCAGUUCUCAGAGGCGGUUCUGACAGCAGGAAACGAGUGUGUGGGGGUGUUGCUGGCCAGCGUAGAGCCAUGUGGUCAGCUGAUGGAGGCAGUUCUUGCUUAUGGCCUGGACCAGCUGGACUGCUGCCAGGCCUGUGGUUCUGAUUACAGCCUAGCUGUGCUCAGUCUUCUCACUCUGAUCGUGGACCAGGUAAACACAAAGCUGCCUGUGUCUUUUGUUGAAAAGUUACUGGCACCAAACUCUCAGCUGCUGAAGCUGCGCCUCCAUUCAGAAAAAGAGGUAAUGUCUGCUGUACAUGGAGUAUAUCAGGCCCUGCUGAGCAUCAAAAACAUUCCCACCCUGGAAGCAGCGUAUAAGAUGGUUCUAGGUGAGAUGGCCUGUGCUCUGUCCAGCCUGAAGGAGAGCCUGAAACCCAGCGGCGGGACUCCUAGCAGUCCUUGCUCCAGUAUCCAGCACCCAGCUUUUGCUUCUCUUAUUCUGCCUGUGGAGAACGCCCAGUUCACCCUCAUCUUCAACCUCAGUACCCUCACCACCAUCGGAAACACCAAGAACUCUCUGAUCGGGAUGUGGGCCUUGUCUCCCACAAUCUUCACUCUCCUCAGUCACAAUCUGAUGCUGGUUCAUGCAGAGUUAGCAGUCCACUACCCCGCCAUUCAGUAUGCUGUACUCUACUCCCUGUACUCGCACUGCACCAGACACGAUCAUUUCAUCUCAUCCAGUUUGUCAUCAUCGUCUCCUUCUCUGUUUGACGGUGCUGUCAUCAGCACUGUUACCACGGCAACAAAGAAACAUUUUAGCACUUUGCUAAGCCUGUUGGGACAUCUGCUGUCGAAGGAGCACGUUUACCCUGAUGCUAGGAAACUCCUGCUCACCUGGGCCCAGGAAAUCUCUCUGCUCAUGAUGAAGUCCGACACCUACAGCCCGCUCUUCUCCCUGCCUUCUUUUAACAAGUUUUGCAGAGGCGUGCUGGAUAAUGCUCAUCAUGAAGAUCCAAGUGUCUGCCUUCAGAGCUGCCGCAGCUUACAGGUCCUCGCCAUGUGUCUGUCCACUGAGGUCUUGCAGAGGUGUGUGAACGUAUGCAGAGUCCAGCUGGUCCACUCAGCAGUGAGAGUGAGGCAGGCCUUCUCCAAACUGCUUCGGAUGAUCCCACUGGACGUGGUUUUGAGUAACCACAGCCACGCAGAGAUUAGAGAGAUUUCUCUGGCCAUCCGCCACCACAUGAGUCGACCGCCGAGCAGCACCUUUCACCCCCAGGACUUUAGUGACCUCAUCAGCUUCAUCCUGUAUGGAGUUCUGCACCGAGGAGGCAAAGAGCCGUGGCUGGAGCGCCUGUACUACAGCUGCCAGCGACUUGAGAAGCGGGAUGGUCGUGGAAGUGCCGAUGGCAGCAGGCCAGAUGUGGUGUCCCAGGCGCUGCUGAAAACAGAGGUGGUGCUGUGGCAGUGGGCCGUUUGGGAAGCGGCUCAGUUUACUGUAUUGUCAAAGCUUCGCACACCACUGGGUCGAGCCCAGGACACCUUCCAAACCAUCGAAGGGAUGAUUAGGAGCCUGGCUGCUCACAGCCUGAACCCAGAACAGGACCUUGGAGCAUGGGCUGGAAGUGGAAGUGAUGGUGAUGGUCACCACUCAAAUCAGCUCCGCCUCAGUCUGCUGCUUCAGUACCUGGAGAACUUGGAGAAGCUGAUGUACAACGCUUACGAAGGCUGUGCCAACGCUCUCACUGCUCCCCCAAAGGGCAUUAAGACGUUCUUCCACACAAACCGUCAGACCUGCCAAGACUGGCUGACAAGGAUCCGACUGGCUCUGAUGAGGGUUGGCCUUCUCUCUGGCCAGCCUGCAGUGACUGUACGCCAUGGUUUCGACCUGCUCACAGAGUUCAAGAGCAGCAGCACACAGCAGGCUGCAGAGCUGGAGAUCCCUCUGGCGUUGCUGGUUGAGGCUCUGUGUGAGCUGCGCUGUCCUGAAGCCAUCCAGGGUCUAGCAGCCUGGAGCCUCCUCAUCUCUGGCAAGAGUCUGGGCUGGCUGACAUCGGUAGCUCUGCAGGCUGAAGGACGGUUUGAGAAAGCAGCUUUGGAGUAUCAGGACCAGCUCUCUGCAGUAACUGGGAUGGACUGCAGCAUCAAAAACGUUGAAAGCUGCCUGCUGAAACUUUCCAACAACACAAGCAGCCCUAAACACGCCAGUAAUGGAGACAACAGGAAGACAGUGCUGCUAAAGUCAACUGACUGCUCUCCUGAGGUGGUGAACUUCUUGGCUAACAAGGCCUGUCAGUGUUACAGCUCACUUUGCGAUUGGGCCUCGGUGAAAGAGUGGCAGGCCACCAUCAGUACCCUCAAACAAAGCUCCACAAAUCCUGUCAACAUCAACCUGAGGGCAGAUUUUAAUUACAUCCAGGCUCUGAGCCGCUUUGAGGAGGGAGACCUGACAGAAUGUGGAGCCCAGCUGGAGCUCCUUCCUGGGGAGGACUACAGCUUCAUCUCCAACAGCAAGGACAAACUUGAUCUGAAGAAGCUUCUUCCCUGCUUGAGUCCAGAUCCUGCUGAGCUGCAGAGAGCCAUUGAGGUGCAGCUCCUUCGCAGUGCCGUUAGCUCCAUGGUGAAAACGGGUGAGCAGCAGGAGCAGAGGACUACAUCCGGUUCAGAUACUUUGGUGCGUUGCUUGAAACAGACCGGAAGGAUCUGCCUUGGCCCGCUCCGUCUGUCGACGCUGACUCUCUCCGACGCCCUGCCCACUCUUCCUACGCUGCAGCUCCACUGUGCUUUCGCCCUGGAAAACACACUUAUGGGACAGGAUGACUCCUUCAUCCCUCUCAGCAGUGAGGCUUUAAACUCGUGUAAGCAACAGGAUGUUCAGCUCUUUCUCCAGGCUCUCAGAUACUCCAUGUUCCAAAGACAACUACUCCACAGACUCAAAGGUUACUCUUCCUCCAUCGAUGGCCAUCUUUUGGAGGUUUGUCUGACUGCUGCCAAGUUUGCUCGCAAGAAAGGCAACAUAGCUCUAGCGUCUCGGCUUCUCAGUCAGUGCAGCGAUGGGACGCACGAGCAGAAGCAGCAAGAUGGGCUGAGUCAGACCUUCAAGCGUCUCACCCUGGAGGGCACUAUGGGAGAGAAAUGGGGGCCAGAGGUUCAGAUAGAAAAGGCUAAAGUCCUGAGAACAGCAGGCCAGGCACUGACAGCCAUGGAGAUGCUGAGCAGGGCUGCGCUGUCCUAUUGCCGUGUGGGGAAGAAUGAAAGUGCUGCCUGCCGAUCUUUGCUGACUCUCUGCAAGUGGUUGCUUGCUGACUGGAAAGACAUGACACCUCAACUUAAACAGGUAGUGAAGAAGUCUGGAGGGGUCAACUCCUGUGCUACAGCCAACUCUUCACCUCUAAGCCGGAACAUCUCUGCUCUCCUGGACCUUCCUCUGGAGGACCAGGGCAAUCCCCACAUCACCGCAGAGACAUCAGUGAAUGUGGGCGUUGGAGAACCAGACUUUGUGCUGGGCCAGCUCUAUCAGCUUUCAGCCAGCCUGGCUCCAGAAGUAGCUAAGUCCUGGGCAGCUUUGGCUAGCUGGGCAUACCGCUGGGGCCGGAAGGUGGUGGACAACGCCAGCCAGGGGGAGGGAUUGCCUCUACUUCCAGGAGAAAAGAAGGAGGUUGAGGAUCUGCUGCCAGCGACCACCAGCGAAGAAGACAAGGACAUCAUCUUCAGCAUUUUAGGACAGGCCAUGUGUCGUCCAACAGGCAUACAGGACGAGGACAUGGCUCUGCAGCAGGAGGACCACGAGGAUGACAUGGUGGAUGUGAUCUGGAGGCAGCUCACCAGCUCGUGCCCCUGGCUCGGGGAGGCAGGCCAGCAGGUCACAGAUGGUCUGAUUCGUGUUUGGAGACGAGUGGUGGACCGGAUCUUUGGUCUGUACCGGGUCUCCUGCCACGCUUACUUCACCUUCCUGAAGCUGAAUGCAGGACAGGUUCCUGUAGAUGAAGAUGACCCGAAACUCCUGCUGUCCUGUCACAGCAAUAAACAGAGUAAUGAUGAUGUUAUCGUCAUGGCAACGCUGCGCCUCCUUCGGCUCCUAGUGAAGCAUGCUGGUGAACUCAGGGAGGGACUUGAGCUGGGCCUGGCUUCGACUCCGACCGCACCCUGGAGACGCAUCAUCCCUCAACUGUUCUCACGUCUCAACCAUCCAGAGGCUUACAUCCGACAGAGCAUAUGCAACUUGCUGUGUCGAGUGGCCCAAGACUCCCCUCAUCUGGUCCUCUACCCAGCUAUUGUAGGGUCUCUCUCCCUGGGAGGGGAGGCUCAGAAUGCAGAGAGCAAAUUGCCACCAGCUCUGCCAGCGUUUUUGGGCAGCAUGCAAGGAGAGGACCUGGGUGGGGAGGAGGAGGAGGAGCAGCUGCAGAGCACCGAAGGAGGAGGAUCUUCAGGAGAGAUGGCCACCUGCUCCAGCCAGGACCAGGCCAUGAUGCAGGACUGUUACAGCAAGAUUGUGGAGAAGUUGUCUCUCGCCAACCCAACCAUGGUGCUUCAGGUCCAGCAGCUGGUCGGAGAGCUGCGGAGAGUAACGUUGCUUUGGGACGAACUGUGGCUGGGUGUGUUACAGCAGCAACACAUGCAUGUGCUGCGUAGGAUCCAGCAGCUGGAGGACGAGGUCAAAAGAGUUCAAAACAACAACACACUACGCAGGGAUGAAAAGAUCGCCAUCAUGCGUGAGAAGCACUCUGCUUUGAUGCGGCCCAUUGUCUUUGCCCUGGACCACGUUUGUAGCAUCACAGCAGCUCCAGCAGAGACGCCACAUGAGACCUGGUUCCAGCAGACCUACGGUGAUGCCAUCACCUCUGCCUUGGAGCGGCUCAAAAACCCAGCCAACCCUGCUAACCCAGCUAGUAGUUGGCUUCCUUUUAAACAGAUCAUGUUGAGCCUGCAGCAGCGAGCUCAGAAGCGAGCAAGCUAUUUGCUCAGCCUGGAUGAGAUCAGUCCUCAACUGGCUUCUAUGACCACCACAGAGAUGGCCCUGCCCGGCGAGGCGUCUGCGUCGGAUGCUGUGACUAUUCAGAGUGUAGGCAACACCAUCACAAUCCUGCCCACCAAGACCAAGCCAAAGAAGCUUUUCUUCCUGGGCUCAGAUGGCCACAACUACCCAUAUCUCUUUAAAGGUUUGGAGGAUUUGCAUUUGGAUGAGCGGAUUAUGCAGUUCUUGUCCAUUGUCAACACCAUGUUUACCAAGAUCAACCAGCAGGAGCAGCCAUGUUUCCACGCCCGCCACUACUCUGUCACCCCUCUUGGAACCCGCUCAGGACUCAUCCAGUGGGUGGAUGGUGCAACGCCACUGUUUGGCCUCUAUAAGCGCUGGCAGCAGAGGGAGGCUGUGCUGCAGGCUCAGAAGGCCCAAGAUUCAUUCCCACAGCAGCCAGUGCCUCCAGUGCCCCGUCCCAGUGAGCUCUACUACAGCCGCAUUGGGCCAGCUUUGAAAGCCGUGGGGCUGAGUCUAGAUGUGACGCGCCGGGACUGGCCCCUUAAUGUUAUGAAGGAUGUUCUGAAGGAGUUGAUGGAGGCCACACCCUCCAACCUGCUGGCCAAAGAGCUCUGGUGUUCGUGCACUACACCCAGUGAGUGGUGGCGAGUCACUCAGCUGUACGCCAGGUCCACUGCCGUCAUGUCCAUGGUGGGCUACAUCAUCGGCCUCGGGGACCGUCACCUGGACAACGUGUUGAUUGACAUGACCACUGGGGAGGUGGUGCACAUUGACUACAACGUCUGCUUUGAAAAAGGGAAGAGUUUGCGAGUGCCAGAGAAGGUUCCUUUCAGAAUGACGCACAACAUCGAGGCUGCUUUGGGAGUCACCGGAGUGGAGGGCAUCUUCAGGCUGUCCUGUGAACAGGUCGUUCAAAUCAUGCGUCGGGGAAGAGAGACGCUGCUCACCUUGCUGGAGGCCUUCGUCUACGACCCUCUUGUGGACUGGACUGCGGGAGGGGAGGUGGGCUUUGCUGGUGCGGUGUAUGGAGGUGGGGGACAACAGGCUGACAGUAAGAAGAGCAAGCGAGAGAUGGAGAGGGACAUCACACACUCUCUUUUUUCAUCCAGGGUGGCAGAGAUCAAGGUGAACUGGUUCAAGAAUCGGGAUGAAAUGUUGGCUGUACUUCCACAAGUGGAAGAGGCUGUGGAGGAGUACUUGGUCCUGCAAGAUUUGCUCUGCCAGGGGGAGAAACUACAGGCCAAAUUGCAAGAGGAGAUGGACUUCCUGAGGGGAGCAGAGAAUCAUCCAGACCACGUCAUCCUGACUCUGGAGAAAAGAUACUCGGAACAUACUCGGCUGCAGUCGCAGCAGCGGACUGUACAGGAGGCCAUUCGGGCAAAGCUGACUGACUUGGAGCAGUGGGUCUCUCAGUACCAGGCAGCCUUUUCCAGCCUGGAGGCCACGCAGCUUGCAAGCCUUCUGCAGGACAUAAGCAGCCCCAUCGACCUUGGUCCUCCCAGCUAUGUGCCAGCUACCGCAUUCCUGCAGAACGCAGGUCAGGCUCAUCUGAUCAGCCAGUGUGAAAGCCUGGAGGCCGAGCUGAGCUCCCUGCUGCAGCAGCGUCGUGCCGCCCUUCGUGGCUGCCUGGAACAGCUGCACAGCUAUGCCACGGUGGCUUUACUGUACCCGCAGUCCACGCUGCUCUUCCACAGAGUCUACCAGUGGAAGGCCUGGCUGGAGGAGCUUCUGAGAGAAAUGACUGUUGAUCAGUGCCAGCACAUCUACAGACAAUACGAGGUGCUGUUCACCCCUCAGACUCCUGCAGCCACCUGCCAGUUUCUGUCCAAUGUGGAACUCACGUUGCAGCAUCAAGUGGCUGAGGCCAACGAGCGUAUGAUGCACCAAGCAGAGCGGCUUAAGGCUGAGGGCACCACUGUAGCGGUGUGUGAGGAGCAGCUGCAGGAGAUUGAAAACUGCAUUGGCGUCUACCUACGGGAGAACGCGGAGCCUGGGUCUCUGAGCCUAAGUGCUAUCAUCACUUCUGCUCUCUGUACGCUCUGCAGGCGCAAUCUGGUGAUGGAAGGGGCGGCGGCCAGUUCCGGAGAGCAGCUGGUGGACCUGACAUCUCGGGAUGGGGCCUGGUUUUUGGAGGAGUUAUGCAGCAUGCUUGGAAAUGUCAGUGCCUUGGUAACGCUGCUUCAGCGCUGCUCACUCCUGCCUCAUGACCUGGAGCUGCCUUCACCCACAGUUACCACCCAGACCGUGUACCUGGCAAAUGCUGUUUACACCUGUUUACAUGAACUGAACACCAACUUCAGACAGAUCAUCUUUCCUGAGGCUCUGCGCUGUAUGAUCAAAGGAGAGCCCACCCUGGAGUCCAUGUUGGCUGAGCUGGAGCAGCUGGUGGAGCACAGCUCUGAUGGCCUUGGCUUGCAGGGAUUGGCCGAUAAUUUACAGGCCACCACAGGCUUGGACCAAGAUGGACACAACCACUUCCUCCACAUCACCAGAAUGCUGCGUGCCCAGUACUCCGAGCUGAUCCAGCCCCAUAGUCUGGAUGGACAAGGUCAGGACACACCAAAGAUGUCAGCGGGACAGAUGCUGCUGGUCGCCUUCGAUGGCAUGUUUACUCAGUUGGAGACCGCUUUUGGACAACUCACAGAGAAGUUGAGCUCUCUGGAGGUGCCCUCCGCCUGGAGGAAGGUGGAUGUUCUGAGGGAGGCUCGAACCACACAGCUGAACUUUUUUGACAGCCUGGCCCAACGUCAGCUCAUGGAGGAGGUGUUUUUCCUCAAGAGACUUCAGACCAUCAGAGAUUUCUUUAGAGUGUGUUCCACAUUUGCUCAGACUCUGUCAG